UUGAGAAACUUCAACCAUUGCCUUUUCAGCCCGGAUUCCUUAUCAAAAAAUGAAGAAAUCGAAUACAGGAAGAACAAGUGGGGCGCAAAAGCGUUGAAGAAUCUGACGAUCGUUCUUCCUGGGUCUGGAAUUGUUCAUCAAGCAAACCUUGAGUUUUUGGCACGCGUUGUUUUUGAUAACGAAGAAGAUUGUCUUUUGUACUGCAACUCGCUGGUUGGGACAGACUCUCAUACCACCAUGAUCAACGGACUUGGAGUCCUUGGUUGGGGAGUUGGUGGUAAG